CGCCCUCAACCAAGAUGGCGGCGUUGGAAUUCAGGCUUCCCACGGCGCGGAAACGUUUAGCGUCCAACUUGUCCCGGAGCAGCGGCGGGGACCGGGAUUUAGUGGUCCCCGGGGACACCAUCACCACGGACCCGGGCUACAUGCGGGGCCACGGAACCUACCUUGGGGAUGAGAAGCUGAUCGCUUCGGUGGCUGGAGUUGUGGAGCGAGUGAACAAACUGGUGUGUGUCAAAGCGUUAAAAACCAGGUACAAUGGUGAGGUUGGAGACAUCGUGGUUGGGCGAAUUACAGAGGUUCAGCAGAAACGAUGGAAGGUCGAGACCAACUCUAGGCUAGAAUCUGUGCUAUUGCUCUCAUCCAUGAAUCUUCCAGGUGGAGAGUUGAGACGCCGGUCUGCAGAAGACGAGCUGGCCAUGCGGGAUUUCCUCCAGGAAGGGGACCUUGUCAGCGCCGAAGUCCAAGCGGUGUUUUCCGAUGGGGCAGUCUCGUUGCACACUCGAAGUCUUAAAUACGGAAAGCUCGGCCAAGGGGUCCUAGUCCAGGUCUCCCCAUCCUUGGUGAAACGUCAGAAAACUCACUUCCACGACUUACCGUGUGGGGCCUCCAUCAUUCUUGGCAACAAUGGGUAUAUCUGGAUUUACCCCACCCCUGAGCAGAAAGAGGAUGAGGCUGGGGGCUUUGUGGCUAACCUGGAGCCGGUGCCCCUGUCUGACCGCGAGGUCAUCUCCCGCCUCCGAAACUGUAUCCUGGCUCUGGUCUCCCAGAAGAUGACUUUGUACGACACCAGCAUCCUUUACUGUUACGAAGCUUCUCUCCCUCACCAGAUCAAAGACCUUCUCAAACCAGAAGUGGUGGAGGAGAUUGCGUUGGAGACACGCCAGAGGCUCCUGGAACUGGAAGGAUGAUGGUAGAGAAGGAGUGGUGAGGAGCGGCAAGGAUUCCUUCCUUCCAUCCAUCCAUUCAUCUCAUCUUCCUUCUUUUCUUCCAAACCUCCCUCUCUUUUUUUCCAUCUUUUCUUCUUUCUUUCUUAACCCAUCCCUCUUCCAUCCAUCCCAUCCAUCUCCUUCCUUCCUUCCUUCCAUCCAUCCAUCCAUCCCAUAUGUUCCUUCUUUCCAUUUUUUCUUCCCUCCUUUUCUUCCCUCUUUUCUUUUCUUCUUAUCCCAUCCCUCUUCCUUCUUCCAUCCAUCCAUCUCCCUCCCUCCCUCCCUCCCACCAUCCAUCCAUCCAUCCAUCCAUCCAUCCGAUUCAUCUCAUAUAUUCCUUCUUUCCAUUUUCUCUUCCCUCCCUCCUUUUCUUCCAUCUUUUCUUCCCUUCUUAUCCCAUCCCUCUUCCUUCUUCCAUCCAUCCCAUUCAUCUUCCUUCCUUCCUUCCAUCCAUCCCAUUCAUCUCAUCUCUUCCUUCUUUCCAUCUUUCAUUUCCUUCCCUUCUCUUCUUCCAUCGUCUCUUCUUUCCUUCUCCCAUGCCUCUCUUCCUUCUCCCAUCCAUCUCCUUCCUUCCAUCCAUCCAUCCAUCCAUCCAUCCAUCCAUCCAUCCAUCCAUCCCAUUCAUCUCAUAUCUUCUUUCCAUCUUUCCUUCCCUCCCUCCCCUCUUCCAUCUUUUCUUCUCUCCUUAUCCCAUCCCUCUCUUCCUUCUCCCAUCCAUCCCAUUCCUCUCCUUCCUUCCUUCCUUCCUUGCGCGGCCUGGUUUCCUAACGGGCUGUGGUCCAGUAGUAGGCUGCGGCCCAGGUUGUUGUGGCACCCAGGCCACAAAGAGCUGUGGUCCCAUUGUGUGUCCAUCUUCUCCCUUUCUGUGAAUAACAUCAAAACCUCGGACAUCUCCCUGAUCCAUGACAUCUUAACUUGGAAAUAUAAUUGGAGAAGGUUCUAGACUCAACAGGAAGGAUGAGCAGAAAGGAAGAGCUAAUAUAAUUCUCAUCCUUCUUUUUCUCAAACAACAUCUCUCUGCAUUCCAGUUUUUUAUUCCUUUUUUUUUUGUUUGUUUGUUUGAACAUUGCUCCGGUGCUUGUCCCUAGCCUGAUAAAUGCUUGAUUUUGACAUUCAGCAUCGAUUGAAAAAUCCAAAAAUUGCACAACAAAAGAGAUUUCUUAAGCAUAAAAACCGUUCAUUAGCGCAAAAAAGGAUCUGAUGUUAAAAAAAGAGAACCUACCCAUCUCCAAUUCCUGUGUAAUUUACGUCUCUCCUCCUUAAACUGUGUAUCUUAAUGAAAGAAAAUGUUACAAGCCGCCUGGGAAUCACCUAUGAGCAAGUUUGGAAGGCUAUUUAAAUGUGUCGAAUCAAUAAAUAAUCUUUUAAAUUUC